AAUCUGAGCACCUCGCUAAUGGGUCUCAAGGUUUCAAUGAACGCGACGGAGAAAACGUGAUCGCAAUAGCAAGUCCGUGUCCACUUUUCCCCAAUUUUCCCGAUAAUAAAUGACGAAUUAGGGUUUUUCUAGGGUUUUUUCUUUUGUGAUUUCUCUCUUCCUUCCCUGACAUUGUUAGGGUAAUUCGACCAGAUGGGUCGGUCUCGGGCUGUGUCGAAGAUCGCCGACGAUGAUCCCAAUCAGAGAUCAUCGAAAAGAAAGAGAAUCGCUUCCAAUGCAGAGCCUGCGGAGACCACACCGUACAAUGCGGUGCUAGGGCAAGGAAAUGGUGAAAGGAAAGCCCCUUUGUAUCAUUGCAAUUAUUGCAACAAAGAUAUCUCCGGGAAAAUUCGGAUCAAAUGCGUAAUUUGCCCUGAUUUUGAUCUCUGCAUUGAGUGCUUCUCUGUUGGAGCUGAGGUUACUCCUCACAAAAGCAAUCAUCCUUAUAGGGUUAUGGAUAAUUUGGCUUUUCCACUUAUUUGUCCAGACUGGAAUGCAGAUGAGGAGACGUUACUUCUGGAGGGUAUCGGGAUGUAUGGAUUCGGCAACUGGGCGGAAGUUGCAGAACAUGUUGGAACAAAAAGCAAAGCACAGUGUAUUGACCACUAUAAUUCCAUAUACAUGAACUCCCCUUGCUUUCCUCUACCUGAUUUGUCCCAUGUUAUGGGAAAGAGCAAAGACGAGCUCCUUGCCAUGGCCAAAGGACCUGGUGUUGAUGUCAAGAUAGAAGUUCCCUUGGUUGGGGAGCUUCAACCCAAGGACGAGUCUCCUAUCUCAGCUAGAAUCAAGUAUGAAGAGUCAAGAAAAGGUCCAGGUCCUCAAUCUUCCACUCACCCAACUGAGGUUGGAGUGGCUCUGGUCUCAGGCUCAGUAGAGAUGGCCCCUAACAAGCCCCAGAUAAAGGACGAAACCAAAGUGGAAGAGCCCCAUGUGGAUAGGAGUAUUGGAGAGAAGAAACCUCGAAUAUCUGGUGAUGAGGGACCUUCUAUAACAGAGUUGAGUGGCUAUAACUUCAAGAGGCAGGAAUUCGAAAUUGAAUACGACAACGACGCAGAGCAGUUACUGGCAGAUAUGGAAUUUAAGGACUCCGACACUGAUGCUGAGCGUGAAUUGAAACUACGAGUGCUACGUAUCUACUCAAAAAGGCUUGAUGAGAGGAAACGCAGGAAGGAUUUUAUUCUGGAAAGAAAUCUGCUUUACCCUGACCCAUUUGAGAAGAACCUGUCACCUGAAGAACGAGAAAUAUAUCAGGGGUUCAAGGUCUUCAUGAGAUUUCACUCAAAAGAAGAGCACGAGGCAUUGCUUCGAAAUAUUAUUGAGGAACAUCACAUUGUGAAAAGGAUACAAGAUCUUAAGGAAGCUCGAGCUGCUGGUUGUCGAACAGCAGAUGAGGCAAAGACAUUUAUUGAACAGAAGAGGAAGGAAGCUGAAGAAACUGCUCUUAGGAUUAAGGAAGGUUCUCAGGCUGGUCCAAGUGUUAAGGUCCUGCAGAAGCCAAACCAUCUCAAAGGUGAACUAGAUGGCAGUCCUCGGGGACUUGUUAGGGGAGCAACGGAUCUAAAUCCCAGUAACAAAGAUUCAUCUUUAGCAAUGCGAUCUAUUGCGAGCUCCUUGGAUGAUUGGGACAUAACUGGAUUUGCAGGCGCUGAUUUACUCUCGGAAACUGAGAAGCGGCUCUGCCGCGAGAUUCGAAUAUUGCCUGCACAUUAUCUCAACAUGCUGCAGACCAUGUCUGUGGAAGUGUUGAAUGGAAAGGUAACAAAGAAAGCGGACGCCUAUAACUUGUUUAACGUUGACCGUAACAAAGUCGAUAGAGUUUAUGAUAUGCUUGUGAAGAAGGGAAUAGCCCGAACAUGAGCAUAUCCUUAUGUCUCCAAUUUUGUUAGAAAACUUGUAUAGUUAUUGUUUGAUAAUGAGACCUAACUAUAGUCAUUCUAUUUAUGUAUACAGUGAGAAUAAUUUGAAUCUGGCAAUAAAAGAAGUUGAAU